UUCUGGUUUGUAUUCGUGUUUGAAACACAUAAUUUGCUCAACAUAAUUCGAUUUUUACUGCGGUUUCGUGCUUUCAUCGUCGUAUUGUAUUUACGUAUUGUUUCGUUGCUAGCUAGCGCUUAUUAAAAUGAUCUUCAUGACUUGCCGUCGAGCGCUCCGUUGCGGGGCAACUGUUGCUUCAGAAACACCUUUCCUUAAACUAACAAUCGAAGCAUUUGUCUGAAGUUCGUCGGCUUCUUGUAGUCCAGAAAGACUACUUUAAGACCGGACCCGCUCGUAGAACCAUGGCCUUUUGCUCGGUCCCGGACUUCCCGGCUGUUCUGCUGGCUCUGGAGGGUUUAAACGACCUGAACAAGCAGCUAAAAGACGACGGGGUCCAGUUCGCACCGGAAGCUAGCAUCCAUCUGGCCGCCAUAACCGCUUCCAUCACGAAGCUGGAGGCCAACAGGCGCAUCGCUCAUGACCAGCUGGAGGUGGAAACCAUUGAAACUAGCAAGCUGAGACACCAAAUUAAAAACAUGUCCGAUCGUGUGAGAAAUGAAAUAUUGGCAGAUGUAGCCGCAGCCCGGGCCUCAAAUGGUGAGAAGAUGGAGCAGCUGCGCAAAGACCUCCACACGGCCUCUCAGCACAGAGAAGAGACUGUUGGAAAGCUGCAGGGACUUUUAAACCAAAACAAAACACUUCAUUCAGAGCAAGAGCAGGUGAAAGCUGAGCACAAGGCUGCCAUUGCUACCCUGAAUGACCAAGUUGAUCUCAAAUACAGCUUGCAGAAGAAGCUGGAUCAGACGCUGCAGCGAACUGAAGCGCUGGAAUACUCCAUCUCUGCCAUCAGAGAGAAAAAAGCAUCUCUCCAGCAAAGCAUGAUGUUACAUAGAGAGGCUUGCUCAGAGGAAAAACACACCCUGUCGAGAGAAAUAAACGAGAUGGUGGAGAAAAUUAAGCAGCAAGAGAAUGUUGUUUCAAAAAGACAUCAGGAAUUAGACGUAAUUAAUGACAAGAAAGAAAAAGCUCUCUGCCAUCUAGGUGAACUCGGCACCAGGAGGUCCAAAGUGGAGAGAAGUCUUCAAAAAUUGACCUCAUCUCGUUGCCAGUUGGAGCAACAGUUAGAUGAAGAAACCAACAGGAACCAGGAGCUGAGGCAGCAGAUAGAAAUGCAGAAGAAGGAGUUCCAUGAGUCGCAGAAUACCUUUAGCCUCACACUCCAAAGCCUUAAAGAGCAAAUCGCAGUGAUCAGCGCUAAAAUAGAAAACGGUCGAGCUUCAGGACCAGUCCUUAAAAACACCUUGUCUCAGGUUCAAGAGAUAUUCAGACGUCAGCACAACAAAGAAAAUGAAGCUCAGGCAAAUUAUCUCUCUGUUUCCCAGCAGCUGGAACAGUCCAAGCUGAGGCUGGAGGAGUGCAUCGCCUCUGUAAACAUUUACAACUAUGAGAUCAUGAUGAUGGAGAAGCAGAUUAGUAAGCUCCAGGAACAGGAAAACGUCACCAGGUGCGUGUUUGAGAGGAAGCAUGGAGAUAUAUGCAGCGAUCUGAAGGCUGUGAAGGAUGCCAUCAGUCAGUGUGAAGAAGAAAAGAGAAAUCUUGCACAGCUCCUAGAGGAGACCAAGAGCAUACAGGAGGAGCACAUGGAGAAUAUGAUGUCUGAAAUCAGUAAUACCAGGAGGAGGUACGAGGAGCUGCAGCAGGAGGAAGCUACACUUCUGCAGCUGCAGCCCAAAUGUGCAGAUCCUGACUUGCUGAUGAGCUACGUGACUCAAACUGAGAUGGAAUACAGAGAAAUGGAGAACACAUUCCAGCAGGAGAUGCAACAGAUUACUGCAAAGACAGAGCACUUCUACAGGAGCACAGAAGAGAAGCAGAAGGAGCUGGAAGAGAAACAGGAGGUGUUGAAGGAGUUGGAGGUUAAGUGGAAUGAAGAGAAAAACAGGCACGAGGGGCUGAGUGACCUGCUCAGAGACCUGAACAGGAAGAGGGCUGAGCUGGAGCUGCUGAUCCAGGACACGAAGAACCAAAUCAGCGUUCUGCUGCAACCCAGAGAGGUCCUGAAGGCCCAGCUGGAGAAGGAGCAGAAGUCCUUCACUGACACGCUAUGUAAAUACAGCUCAGACCUGAGAACUGUGGAGGUGAGCAUCUAUAAUAACCACUCUGUCCUCCAGAAGGUCGAAGAGGAGAAGAGCCGAAUGGACCUCCGCAUCAGAGAGAUGAUGGAGGACAUCAGCGUGUACCAGCAGGAGAAAGAACGGUAUCAGCAAGAGGUUCAGGAACUCGAAGACAAAAUAAAAUGCACUCUGGGAAGUUUGGAGAAGAUGUGGAAAGAAGAUCUGUCAGUAGCUCUGGAGUGGGAGAGCAAAGAUGAGGUUUUGUUUGUGUCCAUCAACUCUUUGUUGGACCAGCUAAAAACUAGGGAACAUCACCUGAUGGAUGUCAACACACUCGUACACCUGCAGAUGAUGAACUUUAGCAAAAGACUGGGAGAUAAAGCAGCGGCGAAACAGCAAAACUAUCAAAAAAUCAUGACUUACAAUCUCUGUUCUAAGAAGAAAGUCAAUAAUCAGAGUUCCAACUAAAAAAAAAACACAGGAACAGGAAAUUGUGUUCUGUUUUAUCUGUUGUUGUUGUUUUUUUUUUGUCAUUAAAGAAAAUCCAAACUGA